CUGGUCCGGCUGCGCUGGGCUGUUGUCGGGGGUUAAUGUCGGAGUGAUUUCGCCUGAAGAGUCGGUUUGAUUUGCCUCAUCUCCUGACACAGAACCAACGGGGCUCGGCCGAUGCUCCCCGCCGGGCCGGAGGCCGUCAGCCGUUAGCCGGGGUUCGCCGGGGUUCAGCGGCGGGAUGAGCUCCUCCGUGGCCCUGCACACCCAGCUGGCCACCGUCAUGGAGUCUCUGGUCCACGCCGCGGUGGCGGAGCUCAAGAAGCUGGUGGAGGACAGCCCCGGCAGCGGCGCCGGAGAGGAGCUGCCUCUGCCGGCCAGAGUUCAGGCCGAGAGCCGGGAGAAGUUGGUGCUGUUUGCCUCCAUCAUGGAGACUCUGGGGAACGAGGCUCUGGGAAAGAUCAUGAACAUCGUGGAUGAAGCCAAACUGCUGGUGGAGCUGGAGCCAGGCAGGGGGGGCAAGAGACCUCAGACCAGCGUCCUCAACGUCCUCAACAACGCACGAGUCGAGCUGGAACACUCGUACGGACUCCGACUGGAGAGCUCCGACACGGACAGGUCCGUUCAGACCAAACCAGAGGAGGAGGGAGCCGAAACGCCAUUUGUGCUGGCGGUCACCGUUAAAGACGAACACGGAAACAUUGACCUGGGAGCCAUCGCUGAGAGAGCUCGAGUCGAAGCCGCUCAGCCGGCUCCCCCUGACCUGGAUCAGCAGCAGAAAGUGUCCAGCACACCUGAGUUUGUCCUGCAGAGCGUCACCUGGAAAUACUUCAUGUGCACGGCGUGCGGUAAAUCUUUCACGUCUCAGAGCAACCUGAAGUCUCACUACCGCAUCCACACGGGGGAGAAGCCGUUCUCCUGCAGCGUCUGCGGCCGAGCUUUCCGCCAGCGGCAGAGCAUGCAGAGCCACAUGCGCACACACACCGGAGAGCGGCCGUACGAGUGUCCGCAGUGCGGCAAGUGUUUCUCCAAACAGGCGCAGCUGAAAACGCACUCCAUCAUCCACACCGGGGAGAAGCCGUACGGCUGCGACGUCUGCGGCCGCCGCUUCAACCUGCUGCAGAACCUGCACCGCCACGCGCACACCCACACCGGCAAGAAGAUCUUCGUCUGCAACGUGUGCGGAAAAGGCUUCACCCGCGCCGUCACGCUCAAAACUCACGAGCUCAUCCACACCGGACAGAAACCCUUCAAGUGCGAGCAGUGCCCCAAGACCUUCCGCCACGCCGUCAACCUCAAGAACCACCAGAGGAUCCACAGCGGCGUGCGGCCCUUCAGCUGCGACCUCUGCGGAAAGAGCUUCCGACAGUCGGUGAACCUGAAGAUCCACCGCAGGAUCCACACCGGCGAACGGCCUUUCAGUUGCCAGGAGUGCGGCAAGACGUUCAGCCAGCAGAGCAGCCUGAUCUCACACGGCCGCACGCACUCCGACGAGAAGCCGUUCGCCUGCAGCUCCUGCGACAAGAAGUUCAACAACGCCAACAGCCUGAAGCUGCACUUGCGCGUCCACACCGGAGAGAAACCGUACGCCUGCGACAUCUGCGGCAAGACCUUCAGCCAGGGCAGCCACCUGAGGACGCACAAGAGGCACGUCCACGCCGGCGGCAAGCAGUACAUCUGUGACAAGUGUGGGAAGAGAUACUCGGACCAGCGCAACCUGAAGCUGCACAAGUGCGGCUACGCAUGAAUGUGAUGACACGACCAGGAAUACUUUCCUCUUCUCGUCAGGUCUGUUUGAUUUGACAAAAUGUUUGAAGUAAAAAUUAGUUUUUCUUAAAAGGAGUCUGGAUCAUUCAGGGAGAACAAGCUAAAUUUUAUUUUGAAUGUUUGGAUUAAAAUUCAUGGUUGUUUUAAAGGUGCUAUAUGUAAGUGUCUGCUAUCGCUACACAGCCAAGGUUAGCAUUGACAGCCGUUUACUUACCGGUCUGAAAGAAACGUCGAGAGUUCCGCAUCAAACUUCCUCCUUUUCCUCACCAACAGAUGCCUCCGGCAGUAGAAAGCAACGCCAGCGUUAACUCUAGUUUUGCUUCUAUUUCUAUCACUACUUUGUUCUACUGAAGUUAGCAUGCUAACCGACAGCGACUCACUGUAGCGUCCAGUCUGCCCAGAAGAAGUAGCUCUGGUCUUAAACGCAACGACGGCUGAAGCUCUGGGUGAGCGACCAUCGCCACCACCUGUUCCCGGUAAGAAACCACGUUCAGCGGCAGAGAAAACGGACAUGUAGCCCCUUUAAGGGAGUUUUGAAUAUUCAGAGACAACAUAAACAAACUUGAAUGUUUGUAAAUGAUGUUUUGUUCAAGAUAGAAUUUAUUUUUUCAGUCUGUUUAGGGGGUGGUGGGUGUGAACCAGGAAGUGGACCUGUUUUAACCAAUCAGAGCUCAUACGUGUUGAUGUGGGCGGAGCCUCUGUUUGAAGUAAGAUUUUCCUUUGAACAGACACUUGAGUGAUGCCAAGCCUUUUCAGUUCAGUGUCGCAUUGAUUAUUGAUUAUUAGGAUGAUUGGAUCAGACACCUGACAGCUGCCUAAUAUAACCCUGCCCGCUGAAAUAGUGUAUUCUGAUUGGUUGAAACUGUGAAUUUAAGUUAAUUAUUUUGCUGAGAUUGUCUGUAAAUAUGCACAUUGUUGCUUCUUUUUUAUAAUUUUAUAGAUGAUAUUUUUCAUGUGUUUGGAAAAUAUGAAUAAAAGCCACAGAGUUCUGUAA